AUGCCACUAAACGUCAUCGUCGUCGGUGCAGGCCUCGGCGGCCUAGGCGCCGCUCUAGCACUCCACCGCGCCGGGCACAAUGUGCAGGAACACGUUCUCGAAAAAUCAAGCUUCCUUAACGAAUUCGGCGAAGCAAUCCACGUCGCACCAAACGCCACGCGCAUUCUGAAAGCGUGCGGAUGCGACCUUUACUGGCUGAGGCCGGUUCAUUGCGAGAAAUUGCAGAUCUGGGAUGCUAAGGGAAAUUUGAUCCGGACGCCGAUUGUCACGAAGGAGUAUCAAACUGCUUUAGGUGUACACGAUGAAUGGGUUCUUCCCCACAGGGUGGACUUGCACAGUGCACUGCGGGCUACUGCUGCUCGGGUGGAUGCAGAAGCAGGAGAGGUCCUCCUCGAAGACGGCACCAAGUACACCGGCGACCUCAUCGUAGGCGCCGACGGUAUUCACUCCCGCUCCGUCCACGCGAUUCUCAGCCCCACCGGAACCAGCAUAAGCACCGGCCAAAACUGCUUCCGCUUCCUCGUCCCUGUCACCAAGAUGCAAGAGACUGCAUUAACAGCCAAUCUCAUGACGAAAAUCGGCCUUGACAGCGUGCACGUCUUCACCACGCACGAUCGACGCCUCGUGCUGUAUCCCUGCCGGAGAGGCCAACUUCUCAACGUCGCUGGGAUCUAUCCGUCUGAUCCGGGCACGGACGAGAGCCAUGAUGCCUCAUGGCAUAACGCGGGGAGUUUAGAGGAGCUCCUCGAUACCUUCCAGGAUUUCAGCGACGAACUGCAAGAGAUGUGUCGCAUGGUGGAAGACGUCAAGCUGUGGAGUCUGGUCUGGCAUCUCGCGACCCCGCGCCGACGUUUGUCCGCGGAAAACUGGCGCUCAUCGGGGAUGCGGCGCAUCCGAUGCUUCCUCGUGCACCAGGGCCAAGGCGCCGCGCUGGCGUCCGAAGACGCGGCUGCCCUCGCAGGUGUGCUACCAGAAGCCACAAGCGUAGGCCAACUCCCAGAAAGACUGGACCUCUACAAUCGCCUACGGUAUGCACAUGCCGUGACGGUCAUGAUAAUGUCGCGGACGGUGUCACGGACGGUGUCACGGACGGCGGUCGAGCGGCGGGAGGAGAUGCUUGAUAAAUUCCGUCGGUUUGUCCCUGGGGCGGUCUCGCCGAGUGUAUGUUUGGGUACAUGUGGACGUCGGAUCCGAUUGGGGAGGCGAGGAGGGUUGUGGAGGCGUCGUGAUAGGGAGAGUGAUCCUAAAGUCAGCGGGCAGUGCUGA